AUGACGUCUACAAUUGGUAUUCCCAUUAAGCUCCUCAAUGAAGCAGAGGGCCACAUUGUCACUCUGGAAAUCACCUCGGGCACCACCUACCGCGGCAAACUUCUCGAGGCUGAGGACAACAUGAAUGUUCAGCUCAAGGACAUUACCGUCACCGCUCGCGACGGCCGCGUCUCCCACCUCGACCAGGUCUACAUCCGUGGCUCGCACGUCCGCUUCUUCAUCGUCCCCGACAUGCUACGAAAUGCGCCCAUGUUCCGCAGCCGAAAUGUCCGUGGUCGCGGUGUCGGUCUGGCUAGAGGUCGUGCCACUGUCAGUCGUGCUAGGGCCGGUGGAAGGCGGUAA